AUGCUAUCACAGCAAGCGCGAGUGUUGCGCAACGUUCGGACGGCGCGAAAACCUGGCCAACAGAUACCCUGUGCUACUUUUUCGGCCUCUUCACGAUACAGCAACUACGAUGACACCAUUCAGAAUCUCAAGAUCGGAUCACACACUCGCGUUAUAUUUCAAGGAUUCACCGGCAAGCAAGCUACGGCAAACGCGAAAGAGUCAAUAGCAUGGGGAACCAAUGUUGUCGGCGGCGUAAAGCCGAAUGGUUCAGGCGAGCAUCUUGGACUGCCUGUCCUGCCAUCUGUGAGGGCUGCAAUGGAACAGCUGAAGCCUGAUGCGACCGGAAUCUAUGUGGCAGCUCACCAAGCCACUGCUGCAAUUGAAGAGGCGAUUGAAGCCGAGGUGCCGCUCAUCGUUGCAGUCGCUGAGCAUAUUCCGUUGCAUGAUAUGAUGAGGAUACAUUCCAUGCUACAGUCGCAGUCCAAGUCGCGGCUUGUGGGUGCCAACGCUCCAGGAAUAAUCUCCGCGAUUGGAAGAUGCAGGAUUGGAUUCCAACCACUUCCCACGUUCUCUCCCGGACACAUCGGCAUUGUGGCAAAAUCUGGAACUCUCUCAUACGAAACCGUCGGAUCUCUGACAAGGGCUGGUGUUGGACAAAGUCUUUGUAUCGCAGUAGGGGGUGACGUGGUGGCUGGAACCAACUUCGUUGACGCGUUGAAAGUUUUCGAGGGUGAUGAGGAUACAGAGGCUAUCAUUAUCGUUGGUGAGCUAGGCGGUACAACAGAAGAGGAGGCAGCAGACUGGAUCAAAGAUUACAGAAAGCGUGUCAAGAACCCGAAACCUAUCGCUGCUGUCAUCGGAGGCUUUGAAGCACCGCCUGGCAAAGUCAUGGGUCAUGCGGGAGCUUGGGUUGGUCUAGGAGAAGGUACUGCGGCUUCAAAAUACAAAGCGCUGGAGGAUGCUGGUGUGACUAUGGUGGACCAUCCUGCCAAGUUUGGUGGUGUGAUGAAAGACAUUCUUGCAAAGUCCGGUCGCAACGUGAAGAAGAUUGAACAAUCGGCAGCUCAACAGCGCCGCUCGUAUCACACUUCAAGCUUCACACGGCGGCCUGUCAUUUCCACUACACCAUCAAUCUCAUUUCAGCAAAGACGUUCUCUCCACCUUACCAAAGACCAAUCCACGAACCUUCUCGCGACAUACAAAAUCGACCUGACAACACCACCAGAGGGCUCGCCUUCGACACAUUACCUAGGCAUUUCCCCACACCGCUCAGCACGCAGUCCCUCAAUCAUAGCAUCACCCACCGCAAACCCUGCCAAACUGAAUCAACGCGUCCGCCGUUUUCCCUUCGACUACCGUUCAGGUCCCAGUAAAGAAGUCAUCCAAGCCGCAAUCGCACACAUGCAACUCGACGCCGCCCCACCAAUGGCCAAAGCCCAAACUGUCGAACUGAUCAACAAUUUAUGGAAAUUAUACAAAGAGAAAGAAGCAAUCGACGCCCACGUCAAAGUCGCUCUAUCUGUCGAAAGUGAUGAAAUACUCAUCUACGAGCCAUACCUAUUCUUCGACGACGCGGCGUUCAAGUCAGGCAAGAGACAAGCCGAUCUCCAUGCUCUCCAUGAUCAAGAGUCUGUUUCAGCAACAGAUCGAGAAGCUGAAGAAGCCGGUAUAGUGUACAUACCGCUGGGGUCUCCUGAAUUUCCGCCGGGGACUACUCAGGCGGGGACACAGACGCCGCCGUCUUCCACAGCAGAAGAGGGACCGCGAAACUUGAUCGGAACUUUGGUGAAUGGCGCUGGACUGGCACUCAAUACUAUUGAUACGCUGUCUCUGCGGCUUUCACAGCCACCUUGUUCGACUUCUGCUGCUAAUUUCUUGGACACGGGCGGGAAAGCGACGUCCGCGACGAUUAAGACGUCCUUCAAGCUUAUUCUGUCCGACCCCCGGGUGUCUGUUGUGUUUGUAAAUAUCUUUGGAGGGCUGACGUUGUGUGAUAUGAUUGCCGAGGGCAUCAUCAUGGCGUUCAAGGAGAUUGGGGUGGAGAAACCAGUGGUUGUCAGACUAAGGGGAACAAACGAGGAGAAAGGGCAAAAGGUACUGGAAGAAGCCAAACUGCCCAUCCAUGCCUUCGACGACUUUGAAGAGGCGGUCAAGAAAGUGGGAGAACUGGCUAAUGCGAGCGGAACAAAGUAA